GAUCGGAUCGAGGUUUCAAAGUCCCUGACGAGGAGCAAGCGCGCGCCAGUACGCUCCUUUCGUUACUGAAGUGAAGAUGAAAACGUUACUCUCGGCCGUUUUCGCGGUGCUGUGCAUCCAGGCGGUGUUCGGCGUAGAUCCAAACGAGCACAACAAAGUGGUCUGUUAUUGGAAUAGUACCGCUUAUGAGAGGCAAGGUCCAGCAAAAUUUCAACUUGAGGACGUCAGAAAUGCCUUAUCUCUCUGCACCCACCUGAUCUACGGAUACGCUCACAUCAAUUCCGACUUCGAGAUUGUUCCCGGCUCGCCGAGUUUAGAUACCGGAUCGGGCUACUCCUAUUACAGACUCGCCACGCAGCUGAAGCGAUCGUUUCCCGAUCUGAAGGUCUACCUGAGCGUCGGAGGGAACUCCGAUCCUUACGACGAGGAGCACAAGUACCUCGUGCUGACCGAGACUUCGGAAGGUAGAACGAGGUUCAUCAAUUCCGUGAACCGGCUGCUGAACGACUACGACUUCGACGGAAUCGACCUUGCGUGGCAGUUCCCGCCGGUCAAGCCCAAGAAACAGCGCAGCACUCUCGGUUCCUUCUGGCAUGGACUCAAGAAAAAACUCGGCUACGGGAAAUUCAAGGACGAGAAGGAGCAGGAGCAUCGCGACGGCUUCACGAUCCUGGUCCGCGACCUCAAGUCGCAGCUUCGACCGAGAUUCAAGGCCCUGACCAUCACGGUGUUGCCUCACGUUAACUCUAGCAUUUACUACGACGCCAGGUUGUUGGCGCCCAACAUCGAUGCCGUGCAUCUUUUCGCUUUCGAUCAAAAAACACCGGAACGCAACACGAAGGAGGCUGACUUUACGGCGCCAAUCUAUGCCAGUUACGGACGCGUGCCGGAAGACAAUGUCGACGUUGCGACACGUUACGGCGAGGAGGCAGACAAUAUUGAUGCUGCAGCAAGGUACUGGCUGGAGAACGGAACUCCUGGCAGCAAGAUCGUCGUCGGCAUCCCGACGUACGCGCGCACGUGGAAGCUGACGUCCGAGAGCCAGAUCUCCGGCGUGCCGCCGAUCGUGACCGACGGCCCGGGCGCCCCCGGACCCAACACCAACGAGCCCGGGCUGCUGUCCUACGCCGAGAUGUGCUCCAGGCUGACCGAGCACGCGGCCGGACGGCUGCGACGAGUCGGCGAUCCGUCCAAGAAGUACGGCAGCUACGCCUACCAGUCGUACAACGGCGAGACCGGCGCCGAGGGGAUCUGGGCGGGCUACGAAGACCCCGACACCGCCGGCAACAAGGCCACCUACGUGAAGUCCAAGGGCCUCGGCGGCGUGGCGAUCGUGGAUCUGUCCCUGGACGAUUUCCGGGGCGUGUGCACCGGCGACAAGUAUCCGCUCAUCCGGGGAGCUAAAUACAAGCUGUAAAGAGCGGCUAUUCGAUCUGGUGACGGUAAUCGGAAUCGAAAUUCGCGGAAAUUUGUAUCAAUGUCGCGGAGGAAAGAAAGCUCGGAAAAAAGGAAGAAUAUUUCGGAGAAUGCCGGCCGCGAUUCGCGCACGAUAGUCUCGUAUUUAUAUAUAUAUGCAUUGCCCGGCGAGCCAUCGAGACUCUUAACGAGAGAGAAUUUUUAACGAGAGAAUUUUAAUGAGCGGGGAUCGCUGGCGCUUCGAAUGUACUGUACGUGAGGAUAAUAAAAAAAUAUCGCUGCUUUAUUA